CUUAGGGUGUUGGCCAAAGACCACAAAGUGAGGAAGGAGAGGCGUGCAGGGAGUGCAGGACCGAGCCAUCUCAGGCCCUCUCAGUGCCUGGAGCAGGUAGGGGCAGGGGCAGGGGCAGCUGGGAAAUAGGCCUCCCUCUGGAAUUCAGAGUUGAGCUGCUAUGCAAGUCACUGGCUCCUGGGAUCUAUAAGACAACAGUGAAGACUACAAAAGGGCAAGUGCCACAGUCCAAAAGGACAGCUUCCGCCACGCACCAUGUGGUUGGCCGUGCUGCUGCUGCUGCCCACAGCGCUGCGCCUGAGCCUGGCAGAGCUGACCCAGGAGAGGGUCCCUCUUUUCCGACUCAUUCAGCUGGGCCCCUGGGGAAGCGGGGCCAACGACACCACGGGCUCGCCCUGCCUGGGGCUCUUCGCCACGGGGGCCACGACCUUGAAUCUCAUCGCCGACGCCGCCUUCGCGCCCCUGGCCUCCCUCGAGGUCCUGGACCUCAGCGGCACGCUCCUCAAGCAGGUUCAGCCGAGGUGGAUGGGAGACCUGCCCAAGCUCACAUCCCUCUACCUGAGGAAGAUGCCCAUGCUGAGGAGCCUGGAGGGGGACAUUUUCAAGAUAAACUCUGACCUGCAACAACUGGAUUGUCAAGAUUCCCUAGCACUCACCUCUGUCCAGACACACAUCUUCCAAGACACCCCUCGCCUACGGCUCCUUCUGCUGCAGAACUGCAACUUGAGUUCCUUCCCUCCUUGGACCCUGCAUUCCUCCCAGGUUCUAUCCAUCAACCUCUUUGGCAACCCCCUCACUUGCAGCUGCGAGUUGUCCUGGCUCCUCAUGGAUGUAAACAGGACUAUCCUAAGCAGGGCAGCGGACACUGUGUGCGCACCACCAGGCGCAGGAUCCCCCGUGGCCUUCCCCGGCCCCCUGGCGCUGUCCCAGCUGCCCAGCGUGUGCCCCCGGGACCAAAGCACCACCCUCCGUGAUUCCAGCCCACCCUCCUCUGCGGGCUCCACCCACGCGCCUUCCACGCCCGGUCCCUUCUCCCCGCUGCUGAGCACAGCCCCCUCCUCUCAAGCUGUCACCAAGGCCCCCUCCCACCCUGUGGGCACCCCCUCACGAGCUGUCGGGGCGGGGGCCUCUGCCUCCACUACCGUCUCUACAGCAGGUCCCAGGAACUCCAGCGCUGCAAGCCCGGCCUUGACAGAACAUGCACCUACUUCCUCGCAUGUCCUGGACCCUAUUUCAGCUGCCUCCCUCCCACCCACCAGCAAACAACGUGGUCUCCUCCCUGCCUCCCGGAACCCACUGAGCAGCCCCCGGCACUACCGGACGACCCAGGCCACCCCGCAGGCUCCCCGCGCAAGUCCUUCCGAGGACGGAAUUCCAGUCUUGGUCGUGGACGACUCCAGUGAGGAGGAGGAGGAGGAGGAGGAAGAGGAGGGGAAGAGGGAGAAGGUGAGCGCGCCUCCCCAGGGCGUGGCCUGCGAUUACCACCCUUGUCAGCACCUCCAGACCCCGUGCGCGGAGCUGCAGAGGCGCCUGAAGUGCCAGUGCCCCGGCUUCAGCCAGGAAGACGCCGUCCCAGACCCGCCCAAGCUGCAGGGCGUGUCGGAGAUCACGGACACGUCCGCGCUGGUCCGCUGGUGCGCCCCCAACUCGGUGGUGCGCAGCUACCGGGUGCGCUACUCCGCGGAGGGCCGGCCGGGGAACCGGUCCGCGGUGGGGGACAUCUACGCCACGGCCCGGCAGCACCCGCUGUACGGGCUGUCGCCGGGCACCACGUACCGCGUGUGCGUGCAGGCGGCCAACCGCGCCGGGCUGAGCCGGCCGCAGGCCUCGGGCCGCCGGGGGCCGUGCGCCUCCUUCACCACCAAGCCCAGCUUCCUGCUCAUCUUCGCGGGGCUGAGUGCCGCCGGCGGCCUGCUGCUGGUCAGCACCCUGGUGCUGUCCGCGUGCCUCUGCCGGCGGGCCCGCAGGCAGUGCUCCCGCGCGCACCUGGUGGCCUACAAGAACCCGGCCUUCGACCACCCGCUGAAGCUGCAGACCUUCACUUAGCUGGGCGUCCCCUCCUCAAGCGAACUCGAGCUGAGGAGCUGGCUGCCUGCCUGCAGAGAAGAAGAGACCGAGGGUCCGACAGGGCCCCGUCUGUUCUGAGCCUCUGUCAUUCCAGAGAAGCUGGAAUUACUGCUCCACCACACACAGAAAUUGGCCAAGCUGAGUUUCUCAGUCCAAGGAACUUCUCUCCCUGCUACUCCACUGGGUCUGUUUCCAGAAACGUGAUGGCCCACAUCAAACCACCCCUCUUGGGGCUGGGCAUUCUUGGUUGGUGGUGUUUUUUAGUAGCAAGCAGUGCUCCUCCGUGUCCAGAAUUGUGUGUGGAAGUAGGAAAAGAUAAAAGCUAUAACCUACCCUCCUAAAUACUGUAUUAGAAAUGACACCCUCAGGCCGUUUUAGGAAGUUGAGGGCAUUAUACUAAGUGAAAUAAGUACCCCCCCUGGUCAAGCUGAGGCAGGGCACGUGUUUGUUAUUCAAGGAACCAACCCCAGUGGGGUUCUUCAUCUGAGGGAGAAGAGCACUGGCUGUUUCCUGAGGCCUCCCCGAGUUUCUUUGUUGCAUUUCAGGAUAUGGCUCCUAGCUUGAUAGUUAAAACCUCAGUCUUUUCAGGCCCUCUG